GCCGCCCGUCUGCGCCCAGGCACCCCGCGGGCACCAUGCACCUCUCCCAGCUGCUGGCCUGCGCCCUGCUGCUCGCGCUACUCUCGCAGCGGCCCUCCGAAGCCAAGCCCGGGGCGCCGCCGAAGGUCCCGCGAACUCCGCCCGGCGAGGAAGGGACCGAGCCCCAGGCUGCGGCCGGCGGUCAGAAGAAGGGCGACAAGACUCCCGGGAGCGGCGGCGCCAAUCUCAAGGACGACCGGUCGCGACUGCUCCGGGACCUGCGCGUGGACACCAAGUCCCGGGCGGCGUGGGCCCGCCUCCUGCACGAGCACCCCAACGCGCGCAAAUACAAGGGAGGCAACAAGAAGGGUUUGUCCAAGGGCUGCUUCGGCCUCAAGCUGGACAGGAUCGGCUCUAUGAGCGGCCUGGGAUGUUAGUGAGGCGACCCCUGGCGGCGGUUGGGGACUUGCUGCGUUUUGCUGAGGUCACCCUUGGUCAUCAGCCUCCUCGCAUCUGGAAGCACCUCCAGCGCAAUGUGGCUUUUACAUUUCUUUUUUUUUUUCCUGGUACUGGGAAUACACAACACCAGCUGUUUUAUGAUUAUUUAGGGAGGGGGGUAUGACUUUAUCAUUUGUUUUUUUUUUUUAAUGAAAAAUAAAAAGUUAUAUAUUAUAUAUAUAUUAUAUACGUGAAACACACACACCUACACCAACGUGAUGACAAGGGACAGUUUUUAAGAGACUGACAAAACCAGCUGUAAAACAUUGCUGUUUGUAAAUUCAUGUCAUGCAUAAAUGUAUUUAUGUUGUAAAGCUAUUUAUAUUGUUUAUAAAGAGAUAUUUAUAAAAAUUUUAUUUAUGUAACUAAAUGAAAGAAGUCAAUCAUUGUAAUGUUUUUGUCUUAACUAGUUGAAAAAUGUAAAA